CAAUAAGUGAGAGAGAGAGAGAGAGAGAGAGAGAGAGAGAGAGAGAGAGAGACGUUGCUCUGCGACUGUUAAGCGUAGAUGAAGCAGGGUCAAACAACCAAACCGAACCCAAAAUGGUCCAAAACGACACCAAGAAAUCAGAAAAUGACAGAGACUGGUCCUCUCUCCCGGACGAGAUCUGGUCGAUGAUCAGCACCCACCUGAUCGGCCGCCCCCUCGACGUCCUCCGCGUCCGCAGCGUCUGCUCCUUCUUCCGCUCCCUCUUCCUUCUCCCCGCGCCGUCUUUUCUCUCCCCUCAUCUUCCCGAUCUCCCUCGCUUCUCCUUCGCCGUCCCCACUUUCUCCUCCUCCGCCCGCGCCUUCGUCUCCCGCACCACCCUCUUCCGCCUCGACCGCCCCUUCCAAGACGGCGCCGCCGGUUGGAUCAUCAAGAUCCAACACCCCCUCCCCCUCCUCCGCUACCAGCACAAUCCGAAAUUCCGCCUCCUCGACCCACUCUCCUGCCACAGCAUCAACGAACUCAUCGCCUCCAAUGGCGGCGCCGCCUCCGGAUUCCAUCUCAACGACUUUCGGUUGACCGAGUUGACCUCCUCUUACGCCCUCAGGUACGACGGCUUGUCCUCCCCCGUGCCCGGCGUAAACAAGCUGAUAAUCUCCACCAACUCCUCCUCCGCCAUCUUCCUCAUCUACGACAACGGAAAACUAGGCUUCGCCAACAAUGGCGACGCCAACAUAACGCUGAUCGACGACAAAAUCCUCGACUUCAACGACAUUAUCGUCCACAGAGACCAACCCUACGUCGUCGACCGCUGGGGCACCGUCUCAUGGAUCGACAAAACCUUAAAACUUAUCCAAUACUCACCGCCAUUGUUCGGCGAGGGCCACCGGAAGCACCUCGUCGCCGGCGACCCCUUCCUCUUCAUUGUCGACCGGUACCUCGACGAGAGCCCCGACGGGCACUAUCCGUUGGAGGUUGGUGAUCUAAGCUUCAACAUCUUUCAUCGACACCCUCUCCGGCGACGGAGAUUCGACGAGUCGAGGCCGAGGCCGAGGACCGUGGGCUUCAAGGUGUACAGACUGGACGAGGAGUGGGGGAGGUGGGUGGAGGUGAAGAGCUUGGGAGAGAAGGCGUUUUUGCUGGCUUAUGAUUGUUGUUUUGCUGUUAGGGCAAAAGAGUACGUGGGGUUUAAGGAGAAUUGCAUUUACUUUACUCAGCAGUUUGACAUGGACUUUGCGUUAAGAAGGUUGGGUCGUCUUGGUGGGUGUGUUUUCAGCAUGGAAAAUGAGACCAUAGAGGAGCUCCCAUGCACGCCUGGUUACUCCCAGCUGUUUUGGCCUCCACCGAUCCCUACUCCCCUCUGUAGUACUGAACCUAUGUGAUGUGAUGUGAUGUGAGUACAACAUUCGUCCAAGGAUACUAUAAGACACCACUCAUUUUGUGAACAUAGAUCUCGCAGCUUGAGGCCUUUAGGUAUGGGCCGCCUUCUAUUAGUGGUAAAACACCGGCACUCAUUUAUUGAAAACAUUACGGAGUCUAUAGAUAUUUGUUUUGCUGAAAAAAACAUGAGUAUAAUAUUAUAGAAUAUUACCGUGCUGGCAGGGAGUGAGGUGCAUUUUCGUUUACUCUGCAAUUGUUUAGAUAAGUUCACUUAAUGGGGCUCAUUUAUGGGACAUGGUGUUAUCUUCUUCUGAAGGUUUUUGUAAUUGAUACAUCCGGAGUUUUCUGUGUUCUAGUUAUAUGUUUUAUCAAAAACUAGUGUAUAUUUUUUGUGUG